AUGCGGUCCCCUGAGGCCAUUUAUCCGGCCCCCGCCGCACUUCAGGAAGGGGCAACUCUUUCAUUGGUGGCCAGUGAGAGGAGCACAGGAUGCAUUCGCAUCCUGUGCUCCUGGAGUACUGUAUGUGGCGGCGCCACAAAGCGCGGCAUUGCUCACAUACAUUACUACUUCCGGUGUGGACUCCAUGACAAAGGCAUAGUAAAGAUGACUGAGGAUGACCAACCCAAACUGCAGCUCAUCCAAGGGAAAAUCCAGGAGCAGUUAUCCUCCCGGAUCCCAACCCUGAAGGAAAUUAGAAACAAAACCGGAAUCUCUGACUUCCUGCUCCUGGGCUUCUCUGAACACCCAGAAACAUUAGCCUCUCCUGUUUGGCUCAUCAUCCUAGCCACUGGUUCUGACCCUCAUCUCCAUACCCCCAUGUACUUCUUCCUGGCCAAUCUGUCCUUCAUCGAUACCUGUUUCACCUGCACCAUAGUCCCCAAGGUGCUGGUGAACAUCCAGACACAGCAUCACACCAUCUCCUACACCAGGUGCCUCAUGCAGAUGUACUUCUUCAUGGCAUUGGCUCUGCUGAAUGACUUCCUGCUGGCCGUGAUGGCGUAUGAUUGCUACGUGGCCAUCAGCCUUCCUCUACGCUAUACCACGAUCAUGCGUCCCCAGCGCUGCCUGCUGCUGGUGGCUGUAUCCUGGCUCUGCUCCCACCUCCUGUCUUUCUCAUUAACUUUUCUCAGAGCUCAGCUUUCUUUCUGUGCCUCUCAUUGUAUCCCACACUUUUUCUGUGAUGUUCUCCCAAUCCUCAAGCUUGCCUGUUCAGACACCAAUGUCUUUCACAUCAUGAUGUUCAUGGAAGCCACUCUCUCGGGGGUCAUCCUUCUCACCUGUGUCCUGGUCUCUUGUGCCCACAUCAUGCACACCAUCCUCAGGAUCCCCUCUGCUGAGAAGCACAAAGUCUUCUCUACCUGUGGCUCUCACCUGACAGUGGUCACUCUCUGUGGAACCGUCUUUCUGGUGUAUUUCCAGUCCUCAUUCUACUCAGCAGAUCCUGGAAUGACUGCAUCUGUGGUAUACACAAUGGUCACCUCCAUGCUGAACCCUUUUGUCUAUUGCUUGAGGAACAGGGACAUGAAGUGGGCUUUGCAGAAAUUCCUUGGCUUGGGAAAAUGUUGUACUCGGUAA